AGUCAUGAUGUUAAGAUAAGGAGGUGAAUAUAUGAGCAUAAAAGACAGACGACCUAGAUGAAGUCAAAAUGAAUUCACACGCACUGUUUCUAACUGGCUUUGCUGUUACUCUCCAUUUUGUAUCUGCAUUAUCGAGUGGUGUUCACAAACGCUUCUUAUGGAAUGGUGGAUAUAUGAGAGAAGAAUGUAUAUUGUGCAAGUGUUAUAAUGAAUGUAACUAUCGAAAGCUUAAUGAGCUUCGCAAUUGUGAUGCUGCUUUCCCUCACAUCAGGUGCUCAGACAUAAAUCGAUGUACUUGCUGUGACAGUCAUCCAUACCAUAAUCCAUGUUUGAAAGGAGAAACAUGUCGAAAUACAGGAGGAGGUACAUUUACUUGCGCUUGCGCUCAUGGAUACAGCGGCUAUGGUUGUGGAAAUAAUGCAUCUGUGCUAAGUGGAAAUGAUCACUGCUCAAGUAACCCUUGUGCAAACGGAGCCACCUGCAACAAUGGUCCAAACGACUACAUAUGUCAGUGCCAAACAGGAUGGACUGGACAGAACUGUGAUAAAGCAGAACUCACGACUAAUCUGUGUGCAAGCAGUCCAUGUAAGAAUGGCGGGACCUGUACAAAUUAUCUUAAUAAUUACAUGUGUAUGUGUGUCGCCGGUUGGACAGGAACAAACUGUGAAACAGAUGUCGACGAGUGUGCCAGCGGACAAACAUGUAAAAAUGGAGCUACUUGCACGAACACUCCCGGUCACUACUUGUGCAGUUGUGUGCUUGGAUGGACAGGACAAAAUUGUGAUUUAGAUGCUUGUCAUAUCAAACAGUGUGGUUCUCAUGGAGACUGUCUUCACCAGGACACCUUUCCGUUUUACCACUGCAACUGCACAGACGGCCAUUUUGGCAGUCAUUGUGAAUUGAAAGCAUGUGCCAUUAAACCAUGCCAUAAUGGAGGAAGUUGUAUCUCUUUGGAUAAAAGUCCAUACUUCCGGUGCGAAUGUCCUGAUGGGUACAGUGGCGACACAUGUUCAUCGAUAAUUACCUGGUCAGACUGGUAUUAUGGCGCAUGUUCGGUGACCUGCGGGACAGGCACGCGUGAGCGUAUACGGAAAUGUAGCACCGGACACGAUGAAGAUUGUGCAGGCCUAUCAAUAGAAAGAACUACAUGCAGCCAAAAGUCAUGUGCACGUUCUUUGGAAUAAAAUGACACUGCACACUUCGAAAGAGAGACGAGACGUGACUGGAAAACUAUUUUGUUUUGAUAAACUAUUUUUUUUUUCGUUUUUAAGACAAAUUAAGCUUCAAAGUAUACGAUUGAAUGAAUGUGUUAUGUCAAUUAGUUUAACAUUGAUACAAUCUAGUUCGUUUCUUAUAAACAAACAGGUUUA